UCAUCGACGGGCAGCUCGCGUUUUUGUUUCGUUAUUUCGAAUUUAACGCGCUCGAGAAGCGGACGAACGCUUCGCUUCGCUUCGGUCGCUCGUUUGCUUUGCGCGACCAACUCAACUCAGUUUGAAAAUAAAAUUUUGGCCAACCACAAAAUUGGUUUUUUCAAUUGCCAAAACCAUAUACCACAUCGAGAUACCGCAAAGAAAUGCGACGCGACGCGCUGCCAACUAAUUCAAUCUAAAACCUAAAGAAUACCUAAUGGAAACCUCCCUUCGAUUCUCCACCCACAGUCAACUCGAAAAGUGCAACAUUCCCCCAUAAGUAAUAAGCAAGCGUUACAGUUAAGUUACCGCUAAAUUCAACGAUCCAACUAUAAAAAAAAGGAAAAACCUUCUAGGCUUAGUAAUUCAAAAAGGAAAAUGCUCAUGCACACCACAUCCAUUUCCACAACGUCGACGGCCACCAUGACCAACUCAUCGUCCUCGGCCACGCCCACUCCGGGCUCGACCUCCUCCAACAACAGUGCCACCCUGGAGACGCUGCACCAGCAGCAGCAACAGCAGCAGCAGCAGCUGCAACAACAAUUGCAGCAAUUGCACACGAAUGUGGCCAACAAUUCGCGGCCCCCCUCUCGGGCGCCCUCCAUCCUGGACAGUCCGACCCUGGCGCGUGUGGAGCGGGCUCGACUGCGGCUGGAGCAGCAGGAGCGCGAGCGGGAACGGGAGCGGAGCAGCCAGCGGGAGGGGAACGGCAGCAUGGGCGGAGGAGGUGGCGGCGGAGGUGGAGGUGGCAGCAGCACUGGCACCGGCAGCACCGCCACAACCAUGAAUCGUGAGGAUAGCCUGGAGCGCAGCAUUUUGGAUCCCAAGAAAGAAACGGCGCCCUGGCAUCAGAUGUGGACGCACAUGAAACGCCUUUCGCACGCCUCCAAAGUCAAUUCCACGAGCAGUCUGACCGCCCAGAAAACCGAUGUGGGCGUGGGCCAUCAUCCCAAUAUGACACCCAAUGCAACAACAACAAGAACAACAACAACAACAGGGAUUUCCACCACGCCCGGGAAAUGCAUUCUAUUCCCGGAUAAGACGUCCUCGCUGAAAAGCUCUAUGUAUACGCAACAGGUGUACUUCAGGCCCGAUAUGGUGAGUUCCAACACCAAACAAACUUGGCUAAAUUUCAAUCAAGACCAAUCCUUGCUGGCAGGACGCAUUCCGGUGGCCUCCAUGACAGGACCCAUUAAACGAGGACUGCUCUGGCAGCAAAGGGAUCGGCUCUUCUCUCGCUGGAAGGAACGAUACUUUGUGCUUACUCGUGACUAUUUGCACUGCUUCAAGAGAGCCUCGGGAUCGGCCAAUGAACGAGCCUCGGAUAUGGGACAGUUUAUCUUCAAGGUCAAGCUGGUGGACGUGGAGAAGGUGGAGUGGCUGAAUCGGCGCUCUUACAGCGCCAUUGGACUUCUACUGGGACGCGAGGGUCGCGUUCUCCUACGCUGCGAUGAUGGCCUCGAGGACUGGUUCGAGCUGCUGGAGGAAUGCACAAUGACCUCCAAGGAGCGAAGACGAGCCCUGAAGAUUGCCCAAGGACCCAGAUCCCGGGCCUCCUUGGCUGCUCCUGUGUCUCACGCCUCUCUGCAAUUCCAGCACUUCGGACUGGGAGGCACUUACUCGAGUGCUCUGGAUGACUGGCUGAUGACCAACGGCACUGGCGGUCUUGCCCGCCACAAAAUAGGAGCUGGCAGUCUGAACGGCUAUGCCGGAGCCAAUCCCUUUCUCUUCUCCGAUUCGGUGCCGGAUCUGAGUGCUCUGAACAACGAGAACCACAAUCACCACCUGAGCGGCAUCAGCACGAACCACUCGACACCGCAGAAGAUCCCGCACCACAGCAACGCGAAUCUCAGCCGAUACUCCAACGGCUAUGUCUCGGCCCAAAGCAGUUUCACCCAGGCUGGGGCUCUGUAUGGAUCGCCGAGGAGGAUCUUCAUCAACAGCAGCUUCGGUUCCAAUCAGGUGGUGGAUGAGGAAACCGAGGAGACGGAGGUUCAGCUGAGGAGACCCAGACUUUUCCGCGGAGUGAGCGCCACUCCGGAUAAUGGCAACGAAUUGGACCGGGAUUGGCUGUACCGCAAGCCAAGGGCGCCCACCGAUAUGAGGCACUCAGUUCAACCCAUGCUACCCGUUGGCGGAGGCAGCAAUGUCGGCCUGGCCAAAACCGAACUGGACUGUUCGGCCCAUGAUAGUGGCCUGGACACGCCCCCAUCGACGCACCGCCCCUCGAGCUAUAGGGAGGCGAGCAGGGAUAGCACCGAGACAAAUGGCAGCUCCUCGAGGGGAACUCUGCUAAACAACUCCUCGCCAGGUGGCAGUUUUCGGGCCAAGAAGCUGAGCAGCCAGGUCAGCAAUCUCAAUCAGCUGAAUUCCUUAAAUGGAUCGAGAUACUCGGUGCAGGAUCAACGCAUCCUGAAGAUGCGCAACAACGAGGAGGAUCGCUGUGCUUCGAUCAAGAUGGCCAACCGCCUCAAUCAGAAUCAAGAGCAGCAGGCCACCUACGAUCCCAAUCAGAAUCGCUAUUAUAAGAACGGCAAUGCCACGCCCCCCACUUCACUGACGCCCCAGCAUACGCCACAGCACAAACUGCUGAUGAUGCACCAUGGCAAUGGAAACGGAAAUUUGGGGACCCUAAAUGGCAACGGCAAUGGCACCGGAUCGGAUCGAAUCAAUGGAUCGGCCAUUUUCCGGGAGCGAUACCAACAUCCUGCUCUGGCCGCCAUCAUCAACGAAGCCCAGGGUCUUAAGUUCCGAGAGCGCGCCUAUUCGGACAGCCAGCAACGUCGACUGAACAACAACAAUGGACCGACCCCCCAACCAGCCUCGCCCCUCGCCCAGCGCCGGAAUAAUGGUGGACUCGGAUCUGGGGCUAUAUAUGGCACGCCCACGCGUGUAUAGCGCCUAAAGGUCUAAGAAUAAUCCAAAUCAAUGGAGGAUUGAUCACUCCCCACUAGUUUAAAAGAGGAUAUAGGCGGUAAAUUAGUCAACUUGAUUGAAAGUUUGGAAAUUAUUUGCAUAGAAAAUACUUCAACGAAGGUAGAAAAUAAUAAUUAAAUAAUAAUUAUGUAGUAGUAAUCUUAGUGUGUGUGCUCCAAUGUCCAGCUUUAUGUAAAUGUUUAAAUAAAAUAUGCAUUAGAGAAAAACCUUAA